UCACUCCAGCAGAGGAGAAGAAACUUUGUCAGCCACCGCCACCUCUGUGCCUGCUGGUCAACUAGGACGAACAAACUGCUGGACAGAGAGACAGAGGCCAAAUCAGCUGUGGGCCUGUGCUCAUAGCCCUGCCUCUGGCAGACAUCAGCAGAGUGGACAGCUGAGGUACAGAGGGCUCCUCCAGAGGCAGCAAUAGGACCUCUGUCCCUUAGCAGCCACCUCUUGAGCCCAGGCAGCUGCUAGCUGCUGUCCAAAGUGUGGAUCCCGUAGCUGGAACCCCUGUGCCUCAGGACAGGAGCCCCAAGAGAGCCACAGGCUCUUCCAUCCACCGAGGAGACGGGUAAUCUGAGAGAGAAGGCGCAGGUGGCAGGUAGGCAGGGACGGGGUCCUGAGGCCGGCAGGCUGCUGACCCUGGAGCACACUGGCUCAGAGAACCGCGUCCUGGCUGUGGAUGAUGCUGUGGAGGCCACCAACAGUCACCCGUGCCCUGUCCUGCGGCUGCCUCCUGCCUGGCCCCUGGGCUGUGGAGCUGAUGAUGUACCUGCUUUCUGCUUGGUCUGCUUCCACAGAGAGGAGGAGGAAUUGGAAGAAGUUCCACUGCAGAGGGAGAAGAUGAGCGUGGGCUGCCCUGAGCCAGAACCGCUCCACUCCCUGCCUUGCUGUGGGCCGGGGGCCGCCCCGGUACCAGGUGCAGGUGUACCUCUCCUCACAGAGGACAUGCAGGCGCUGACCCUACGCACACUGGCUGCCAGUGAUGUCACCAAACACUAUGAGCUCGUCCGGGAGCUGGGUAAAGGGACCUAUGGGAAGGUUGACCUGGUGGCUUACAAGGGCACAGGCACCAAAAUGGCCCUGAAAUUUGUGAAUAAGAGUAAGACAAAGCUGAAGAACUUCCUGCGUGAGGUGAGCAUCACCAACAGCCUGUCAUCCAGCCCUUUCAUCAUCAAGGUCUUCGAUGUGGUCUUCGAGACGGAGGAGUGCUAUGUCUUUGCCCAGGAGUAUGCACCUGCUGGGGACCUGUUUGACAUCAUCCCUCCUCAGGUGGGGCUCCCAGAGGACACAGUGAAGCGUUGUGUGCAGCAGCUGGGGCUGGCGCUGGACUUCAUGCACAGCAGGCAGCUGGUGCACCGGGAUAUCAAGCCCGAGAAUGUGCUGCUGUUUGACCGUGAGUGCCGCCGUGUGAAGCUGGCCGACUUCGGCAUGACGCGGCGCGUGGGUUGCCGCGUGAAGCGUGUGAGCGGCACUAUACCCUACACGGCGCCCGAGGUGUGCCAGGCGGGCCGCGCCGAUGGCUUCGCGGUGGACACGGGUGUGGACGUGUGGGCAUUCGGCGUGCUUAUCUUCUGUGUGCUCACCGGCAACUUCCCCUGGGAGGCUGCAUCGGGCGCCGAUGCUUUCUUCGAGGAAUUCGUGCGCUGGCAGCGGGGUCGCCUGCCAGGGCUGCCCUCGCAGUGGCGCCGCUUCACCGAGCCCGCGUUGCGCAUGUUCCAGCGGCUGCUGGCCCUGGAGCCUGAACGGCGCGGUCCUGCCAAGGAGGUCUUCCGCUUCCUCAAGCACGAGCUGACGUCCGAGUUGCGGCGGAGGCCGUCGCAUCGUGCACGCAAACCGCCCGGGGACCGCCUGCCUGGGCCCCUGCGCCUCGAGGCUCCAGGGCCGCUCAAGCGCACUGUGCUCACAGAGAGUGGCAGUGGCUCGCGGCCUUCGCCGCCUAGCGCGGGGCCGGUGGUGCCAGUGCCCGUGCCAGUCCCCGUGCCAGAGGCAGGUCUGGCCCCGCCCACGCCUCCAGGCAGGACCGAUGGCCGCCCGGACAAGAGCAAAGGGCAGGUGGUGCUGGCCACAGCCAUCGAGAUCUGCGUCUGAGCCACCGGGAGCAGCGCAGCCACUUGUGGGGGAAGCCCGUGCUCUCCAACCUGUACCGGGGACAAGGAGCACGUGGAGGUGGCGGGAGGGAGUAGCGUAGACUAGGAGGCCCAGACACCCGGGUCGGUGGUGGGCUGGUGACUUAGCUAGCAGAUGACCCUGCAUAUGGCCGGCCUCAGCCCAGAGGAGCUGAGGCCCCUGACGAAGGCUGGGAGCUUGUGGGCCAGACU